AGAUGACGGCAGUGCUAGCAACAACAUUUAAAGGCAUCGAAGAGCCAGUAGUUAAUCAUCAGAAAAGCAUUGAACACUGCUUUGUCUUUUAGAACUUUCCAACCUUUCAACCAUAGACAUUUUUGGGCAGUAGCGACUUCCCCAAAAAUCAACAAGCUAAGCAUUAGCAAAACACUUCACUAGACGAAUUCAAGAACAGAGAAAAUGACUGCUGCACCUUUCUUCCCCAAUGAACCUAAGGGCCCCAAGAUUGUGACUGAGGAGAUUCCCGGUCCCCAAAGCAAAGCUGCCGUCGCAGAAAUGACCAAGUACAUCGACACUAGCGCCACGAAGCUUGUGGUCGACUAUGAGAAGUCCAUUGGAAACUACCUUGUCGAUGCCGAUGGAAACGUGUAUCUUGAUGUAUAUGCUCAGAUUGCUUCCAUUGCUGUUGGUUACAACAACCCGACUUUGAUCAAGGCUGCCAAGUCUGAUGAAGUUGCUACGCUCAUGAUGAACCGUCCUGCCCUUGGAAACUUCCCUCCCAAGGAGUGGGCUAGAAUUGUGAAGGAGGGUCUGAUUGACAAUGCCCCCAAGGGCCAGAAGUACGCUUACGUUCAAAUGAGCGGUAGUGAUGCCAACGAGUCUGCUUUUAAGAUUGCUUUCAUUCACUUGGCUGCUCAAAAGCGUAAGGGUGCUGGUUUCAGCGAGGAAGAUUUGGUCUCUGUUAUGAACAACCAGGCUCCUGGUAGUCCUGAAGUUGCGAUUCUCUCAUUCCGUCGCGCAUUCCACGGUCGUUUGUUUGGAUCCUUGUCGACUACUCGUUCCAAGCCCAUCCACAAGCUCGAUAUCCCCCUGUUCCCCUGGCCUCAAGCUGAUUUCCCCGCUCUUAAGUAUCCUUUGGAGGACCACGUUGAAGAGAACGCCGCUGAGGAGCAACGUUGUAUUGAUCAAGUCGACCAAAUCUUGUCUACUCACCAUUGCCCUGUUGCUGCUUGUAUCGUUGAGCCCAUCCAGUCUGAGGGUGGUGACAACCAUGCUUCCCCCGAAUUCUUCCACAAGUUGCAGGCAACUUUGAAGAAGCACGGUGUUCUGUUUAUUGUCGAUGAGGUUCAGACCGGUGUGUGCGCUACUGGAAACAUGUGGGCUCAUGAAGCUUGGAACCUUCCGUAUCCACCCGACAUGGUUACCUUCUCCAAGAAGUUCCAGGUUGCCGGUUUCUUCUACAGUGAUCUUCUCCUUCGUCCCGCAUUGGCUUACCGUCACUUCAACACCUGGAUGGGUGACCCGAUCCGUGUUGUCCAAGCCAAGUACAUCUGCCAAGAGAUUCGCGACCACAACUUGUUGCAAAACACGAUUGAAGUCGGUAACUACGUGUACCAAGGUCUUGAAAAGCUGGCAGCCAAGUACCCUGGAAAGAUUAACAACCUCCGUGGUAAGAACAAGGGUACUUUCAUCGCCUUUGACUGUGAAAGCCCUGAGGCUCGCGACAAAUUCUGCGCGGACAUGAAGCAUGAGGGUGUGAACAUCGGUGGCUGCGGUCCCAUUGGAAUUCGUCUGCGUCCCAUGCUUGUGUUCCAGAAGCACCAUGCUGACAUCAUGCUGGCUGCCAUUGACAAGGUCUUCUCUGCUUAGAAUGCCUUGACAUUACUGUCUAGAUUUUUAUUCCCUUUUUUGUCUCGUUUUUAAUGACCUUACCCAAUAGAUAAAUAUAGGUGAACUUUGCCAUCAAAAGUGUUACAAGUUUGUAGCUGAUCGUGGGGUUUCUAG